GCGGCGAGCGGGUGGCGGCGGAGCGGGGCUCGCCCGGGAGCGCUGCAGGCUCGCCCAGGGCCCGCGCCGCUGCUGCUCGGCCCGCUGCGGGGCGGCGGGGGCCACCCGGGACCGGCCCCCACCCCUUGCCCGCGUGUCCCCGCUGCCGCCGCCUCCGGGCCGACCUCCCGGCUUGGCUCCGCCGCGCCCCGGCCGCCGCGCCGGGCCCGGGUUGCGCGCCGCUGGGGCGCGGGCGGGGUCGGGGAGUGCGGGGGCCCGGCGGCCGGCGAGCAUGGAGGAGAAGUACCUGCCGGAGCUGAUGGCGGAGAAGGACUCCCUGGACCCCUCCUUCACGCACGCUCUGCGGCUGGUGAACCAAGAAAUAGAAAAGUUUCAAAAAGGAGAAGGCAAGGAUGAAGAAAAGUACAUCGAUGUGGUGAUUAAUAAGAACAUGAAGCUGGGACAGAAAGUGUUAAUCCCUGUAAAGCAGUUCCCUAAGUUCAACUUUGUGGGGAAACUUUUGGGUCCCCGUGGCAAUUCUCUGAAGCGUUUACAAGAAGAAACCUUGACAAAAAUGUCCAUCCUUGGGAAAGGUUCCAUGCGAGACAAAGCAAAGGAAGAAGAGUUGAGGAAAAGUGGAGAAGCAAAGUACUUCCACCUCAACGAUGACCUCCAUGUUCUCAUUGAAGUUUUCGCUCCGCCAGCAGAAGCAUAUGCCCGGAUGGGACAUGCACUGGAAGAAAUCAAAAAGUUCCUCAUUCCUGACUAUAAUGAUGAAAUCAGGCAAGCACAGCUCCAGGAAUUAACAUAUUUGAAUGGUGGUUCAGAAAAUGCUGAUGUACCAGUUGUUCGAGGGAAACCCACCUUGCGUACAAGAGGUGUACCAACCCCAGCAAUAACCAGGGGAAGGGGAGGAGUCACCACCCGGCCAGUUGGAGUUGGUGUACCACGAGGGACGCCAGCUUCCAGGGGAGUCCUUUCCACCCGAGGGCCAGUGAGUCGGGGAAGAGGACUUCUCACUCCCAGAGCAAGAGGAGUUCCCCCAACUGGCUACAGACCUCCACCACCACCCCCAACACAAGAGACCUAUGGAGAUUAUGACUAUGAUGAUGGAUAUGGCACUGCUUAUGAUGAACAGAGUUAUGAUUCCUAUGAUAACAGCUAUAGCACCCCUGCCCAAAGGGUGCCGGGCCCCGGGCGUGAGGCUGUCCACCGCACACCCACCGUCUGUGCAGACCCUGCCCUUGCACGACACGCAGGCCUCGGAUCCGUCACGCACAGGGGACACUCACUCUGUGCUCACCGGCCAGUUGCUGUGGCUAACGUGUCAGACGCAUUUAUUAGUGGUGCUGAUUACUAUGAUUACGGACAUGGACUCAGCGAGGAGGCCUACGAUUCCUACGGGCAAGAGGACUGGGCUAACUCGAGACACAAGGCACCUGCAGCGAGGACCGCGAAGGGCGUCUACAGAGACCAGCCCUACGGCAGAUACUGAUUGUACUGUCUGGUGUUGUGAAAUAGCCAGUCUCCACCAGUCCUGUGUACUGUUCAAAGUAAUGUUUUUCUAUGAACAAUCCCUUUUUAAAUAAAUCAAAAUGCUUAAAAUCUGAAUGGAUGGAACUUUAAAACUACUUUGUGGAAACAUCAACCUGGGCAGAAAAAAAAAAAAAAAAGACAUGUAAAAUUUUGUUAUUUCCAGUCUGUAUAUGAAAAAAUAGGUCAUCAAAAGGAAAAAAAAAUAACUUUGAUUAACUAGUGUUAAACAAAAAACUAGGUUUACUAAAUAUGUUAAUCCAUCCUUUUAACAUAAGCCUCACCUUUCAUUUUAAAGGUUUCCAUAGCAAUUUAGUUAUUUUAUCUUUCAGCCAUAUGCUAGUUUUUUUCUCUUGCCAACAUGCGUAAAAAGGGAAGCCAAUUACAAGUGCAAAUAAUGUGGUAUUCUUUUGUAACUCAAGUCUUGAAAUGUUCUGUAGUGUUGAGCAAAGUCUUCUCUUGCUUGAUACUAAAUAAACUUUUGAAAGAAAUUCCGUGUGUGUGAGCUAACAAUUUCAUGUUUCUCUUAUUUAAAAAGGCCUUCAUAAAUAGUUGUAAACAGGGAAAGAGUUCAUUUAACAACGCUUGUCAUAAAAGGGUCACACUAAACAUUGUACAACUGACUUAAAAGAUGGUAUAAAAUUAAAUGUACCAUUCUCUACUCACCGUAGAUUUAAAUGCUGUUUAAAGAGUCCACAUGGUGUCACGCUGCGUGAGUAGCACGUUAAAACGACGCAAAACCAAAUCUUGUUUAAAAACUGGUUUUAAAAUAAUUACUGAUUUUCUGAAAAAGAUGUGAUCAGUUUUCAUCUUGUUGAGCGUUUUUUCACUAGUGCAACUUUGGAUUUUUUAUGAGAAUUUUGGUACCUUAAUGAACACCUCGCUCCAUGCUGGAAGCACUAAGCACAAAGCUUUUAAAGACAUUCUGACUUGACUAUUUGAGGUCGCACUCGCCAAGGCUGAGGAUGUGUAACCCUUAAACGGUCUUCAUUGUCAAAGGAAAUGUCAGCCAUCGUGGGAAGUCAGAGACACAGGUUGUGCCCGAGGAGCAAGCAGAGGGGCUUUCCUCCGAAUU